AUGGUGUCCCUAGGUCUUUCCUUCACCCUAGUUUUUCUUUUGGCAAUCUUAUUCACAGUUUCUGAAGCCAAUACCAACAGAAAACUCCUGCAAACUCCCACUUACUACCAACCGCUAUAUUCUCCUCCUCCUCCACCGCCGAUAUAUCGACCUAGUCCUCCUCGUACUCCGGUUUAUCCUCCCCCACCUCCAAUAUAUUCUCCUCCUCCUACUCCGAUUUAUCCUCCUCCACAUCCAAUAUAUUCUCCCCCUCCUACUCCGAUUAAUCCACCUUUGAAAGCUCUUCCACCCCCUCAAUCUCACAGCGCAUUCUACUACAGGAAAUCUCCUCCACCUCCCCCCGGCAACCCUUGGUGGUGGUUGUUGUGA